AGAAAUUAGUCAAGGAAAUUUCUUAAGCGCCAAGCCAAAAGCAUUGUCUAUAUAAACAAACUCCCACGGAAAUCCACCAAUACAUCCGAACACGCAAACAAAAUCCUCCUUAAUCCUAAGAGUCCUUUCUCACUCACCGGGAGCGAGGCGCUGAAAGAGCGGCUUACGGUUACGCUUCUCAGCCUUCCCACAAUCAUCCUCAAUCACAAUUCACAAAUAAUAAUCAUAAUCAUAAUCCUCUCCGAUUUUCCUUUUUCUUUCUGAUUUCAAUUUUCCCUUUCCUUCUUCUCCGAUUUCCUCGUUUAUAUUUCCAACAGUUUCUCUCUCUCUCUCUCUCUCUCUAACCUUCGCUUAGGGUUUCUGCACAUUUUGGGUUUCGCGGCUUACGGGUACGCUUCUUCGGGUCGGUGGUGAAACUAUGGCGUCUUCCAUGGUCAUCAAGGUUAAGUAUGGUGAUACACUCAGACGCUUCAAUGCCCAAGUUAAUGAAGAUGAACAACUGGAUCUUGACAUGCUUGGAUUGAAGGCUAAAGUCUUAAGUCUGUUUAGUCUUAGCCCUGAUGCUGAUAUUACUCUGACCUAUAUAGAUGAAGAUGGUGAUGUAGUGACACUAGUUGAUGAUGGUGAUCUACGUGAUGUGAUGAGGCAGCAGCUGAAGUUCUUGAGGAUUGAUGUGCAGUUGAAUAAUGACAAAAGUGGUAGAUCUUAUGCUAGAUCUAGUGGAAGUUCUACCCCCUUACGAUCCCCAGUUGAUCAACAUCCGUUGCCAAACAUGACCUCCAUUGCAAAUGAAGUUCUGAAAACUGUACCGCAGCCGCUUAGGUCGAAACUUCUGAAGCUCUCUCGUGACUCGGCUUCAAUGGUUGCAUCUACAAGUCCAGCUGUUGUUAAUCUUGCUGAUUCCCUCUCACGGAUUGGGUUGUCCUUCGUCAAUCCAGAUCCGCUGUCUCAGUUUGUUGGAGAGACAAGUAGAAGAAAUCCCAGUUCGGUGAACCCUGAGGUUCCAUCAGCUCCUGCAGGUUCAAAACCUCCAGAAUCAAGUCCCAAAACAAGCCAGGAGGAGCCAAAAACCAAUUCGGUGGACGUAAAAAAUGGCACUGCUGGAGAUGGGGUGACUGUUAAUCCUGUCCGUCCUUCUGUUGAUCUCAAUAAACCUCCUGCCGAGUGUGAUUCUUCUGAGCCUACUGAUGUGAAAUCCAUACCUGUUGCUGUUCCUCCUCUUGACGACAAGAAGGAGAAGAAGCAGAUGGACAGUGAUCUUAAAGGGAAGUCAGUUGGUUGCGGAGCAUCUGCAAGUUCUUCUGUUCCGAGCAAGCAUGUGAAAACGGGGCCUUUCCCGGCACCUGAUGGUCCCAACAAUCCUUUCAAUGAAUGUCCUUUUUCUGGAAUGCCUUUCUUCAAUAAUCAAGCUCGACCUCCUGUUGGAUUCCAUCCUUUCCAUCCUGUUAAAAGAAACCAUGCUGAAGCCAUGAGUGGUAUUUUUCACAGAGGCAUUCGCUGUGACAGCUGUGGUGUUCAUCCUAUAACUGGGCCUCGGUUCAAGUCCAAAGUGAAAGAAGACUAUGACCUUUGCAGUAUCUGCUUUUCAGAAAUGGGUAAUGAGACUGAUUACAUCAGAAUUGACCGCCCAAUGUCGUUUCGGCAUCCUCGGUCAUUCAAGGGAACACACGAGCAACAUCCAUGGGCUAUACCCCAAGCAUUACCUCAUAUCAUGAGAAAUUGUGGGAGCAAGUCUGGUCGACCUAAGCUUAAGCUUGAUAGCCGUUUCGUUUUGGAUGUGAACAUAGCGGAUGGUACCUUAAUGGCUCCAUCUACCCCAUUUACCAAAAUAUGGCGGAUGCGGAACAAUGGUAGUGUAGUGUGGCCCCGAGGAUCCCAACUUGUGUGGGUUGGGGGAGACAGAUUCUCCGGGACUCUUACAGCUGAGAUGGAGAUUCCUGAUGAUGGUGUUCCAGUGGACUGUGAACUUGACGUUGCUGUUGAUUUUACUGCUCCUAAAUAUCCUGGUCGAUACAUUUCCUACUGGAGGAUGGCUUCUCCCUCUGGCCAGAAAUUUGGACAACGUGUUUGGGUUCUCAUCCAGGUUGAUGUUUCUAUGAGCAAUGCAUUUUCCUCAGGCAUCCCAGUGACUGCGGAUCUGCCUGCAUUCAGCAGUGGCACCAAAAGCCCUCAAGCCAUAGAUGUGAAUGUUCACACAGAUAUGGAGUGCAACUUAACCAAGCCUUUCUCUUAUGGGGUUACAGAACCAGAGAAGCCCAUUAAUGAGCAGCAGCCGAAAAAUGAGGAGCUUAAUUUUCCCAUAGAUGAAAGCUUGCUGGUUGGUCAGGCCGUUUCACCCUCUCCUGUAACUGGGGCUAUGCCACCUGUGUCGUAUCCUAUUAUUGACUGGACUAAGGAUUAUAAUGGACUCUUUUAUAUGCCUCCUCUACCCGCAUAUGUGCCCCUGCCUAUGUCCGUACCUGCGCCUGUGCUCCCGUCUGCGCCUGCGCCUGUGCUCCCGUCUGCGCCUGCGCCUGUGCUCCUGUCUGCGCCCAUUCCUGUGCCUGCGCCCAUUCCUGUGCCUGCGCCCGUGCCCGCUCCUCUUCCUGCGCCUGUGCCUGAAACCUUUCCUGCACCAUCUCCGGUUGUCAACGUGACAUUGUCGUCAGUUAAUGAGGCACCGUUGUCUCCUGUUGUUGAUACAACAACAUCGUCUGCAGGAACCUCUUCAAAGAAUGUUUUUGAGGAGGCCCUCCUCAAAGAACUUGAAGACAUGGGUUUUAAGCAGGUGGAUCUAAACAAGGAGAUUUUGCGCUUGAACGAGUACAAUCUGGAGCAGUCGGUUGAUGAUCUAUGCGGUGUUUCUGAGUGGGAUCCCCUCCUUGAGGAGUUGGAGGAUAUGGGUUUCCGUGAUACCGAAACGAACAAAAAGCUGCUGGCAAAGAACAAUGGAAGUAUCAAGAGGGUGGUGAUGGAUCUUGUUAAUGGGGAGAAGCAUGCGUAAAUGAAGACUGCUCUUAUGGUUCACGUAGUAUAUAAUAUGCUUACUAAGUGUCAUGACAUCUUAUAUGUCAUAAAUAAAUCAUGGCAAAUCAAACAUCCUAUGCACCAUCUUUACGUAGUUUUUUUAUGUUUCGGUUUCUGGGUUUUCAGCAGGGUUUGGACUUUGGAUUAUGAACUAUGCCAUCUUUAUUAAUACUGUGUACAUGUGGAUAUGGAGUUAUGAACAGCUUUAGUAAAUAUUUACAUAUAAAUAUUCAAGAGAUGACUAUAUGUA